AGCCCGAAGAGUCAAGGUUCAAUCAGAAGGAGGAUAUUCUGUAGGUAUAAAGUGAAUGCGUUGCGCUGUAAUCCUGAGUAGUUGGUAUCGGCGCCAUUGACUGGCAGAGACAGUUAACUAAGACGCUGUCUUAAAAGUCACAGACUGACAGAGGCAGUAUUAACUAAAUUAUAUCGUUCAAGUCACGUGAGGCGACUCGGUGGAACGUUUGCUGAUAAGGAAACAUAUUUCUGAUUUGUGUUAAGCCACGUCAAAUUGAGAAAUGGAGGACCGAAGUUUUAUUCAAAAUGGAGAGGUUCGUCCGUUUGUUUAUGAACAUUGUUUUUACAGAUCAUUUGAAAUGACCAGAUCUUUAAUUAUGACUUUUUUUACAGAUCAUUUGAAAUGACCGGAUCUUUGAUUAUGAUAGUGGUUUUACAGAUCAUUUGAAAUGACCGGAUCUUUAAUUAUGACAUUUUUUACAGAUCAUUUGAAAUGACCGGAUCUUUGAUUAUGAUAGUGGUUUUACAGAUCAUUUGAAAUGACCGGAUCUUUGAUUAUGAUAGUAGUUUUACAGAUCAUUUGAAAUGACAGGAUCUUUGAUCAUGAUAGUGGUUUUACAGAUCAUUUGAAAUGACCGGAUCUUUGAUUAUGAUAGUGGUUUUACAGAUCAUUUGAAAUGACCGGAUCUUUGAUUAUGAUAGUGGUUUUACAGAUCAUUUGAAAUGACCGGAUCUUUAAUUAUGACAUUUUUUACAGAUCAUUUGAAAUGACCGGAUCUUUGAUUAUGAUAGUGGUUUUACAGAUCAUUUGAAAUGACCGGAUCUUUGAUUAUGAUAGUGGUUUUACAGAUCAUUUGAAAUGACCGGAUCUUUGAUUAUGAACACAUUUAUUGUUUCUUUAACAUUAGGUCACCAAAGAUCUCGAGCUUCUGCUUCUCGGCAAAACCGGAAACGGAAAGAGCGCCACCGGGAACUCCCUGCUGCUGUGUAAGGCGUUCAAGGCGGGCGCAAGCGCGUCGUCUCUGACGUCAGAAGUGACCUUCGAGUACGCCCAGUACAAGGAUCGCGCCAUGAAGGUCGUCGACGCCCCGGGCGUCGGGGACACGCGGGGCACGAGCGAAGAGGCGCUUCACAUGGUCGCCGAGAAGCUGGCCGACGCCAUCACAGCAAACCCUCAAGGGUACCACGCCUUCCUGUUGGUGCUGAGGUACGGGGUCAGGUUCACCGAAGAGGACGUCAACGCCAUCACGAUGCUGAAGCGAAUUUUCGGCGCGAGUUUCGUGAAGAAAUUCUGCGUCCUGAUUCUGACGUGCGGGGACAUCUUCGAGCAAGAUUACCAAGACACCGGGACAUCGUUUCAAGAUUGGUGCAACGAACAGACGGGGUGCUUCGCGACCAUCAGGGACGAGUGCGACAACCGAGUGCUGCUGUUUAACAACUACGAGAGGGAUCCCCGCAAGAAGGAAAGACAGCUGGAUGAGCUAAUCGCUGUGGUGGACAAGAUUCUACUAAGGGGUCGACGCUACACCGACCAUUAUUUUGAAAAAGCGAGACAAUCUCGCGAAAGGUUUUUGGUCGAGUCCAAGGUUCCCAUCAUUGAGGAAAAAACUCUCAAAGAAACGAGGCUGAUAAUACAAGAGAUGAACGCAAUCUGCGCACUGCAGCCGGAAGAGCAAAUCUCUCGGUUAAAUAAUCUACUGCCUCGUGUCGUGCAGCUGGCUGAAGAGAUUUCCACCCAGGACAAAGGGACGGGAGCUCUCGAUAAGAUGAAAGAAACCGUGGACAGUUUGAGAACCACCGUGAACACUGAGAUUAAGAUAUGCGAAAGGGUCCUCAAAGAGAGGGAGCAGAUGGCUCGGGAGAGAGAGGAGCUAAGGCAGGAGAGGGAGUUGGACGCCAUGAAGCUGCAAGCGAUGGAGGAGAGAGAGAGGAGGGCGCACGAGGCUCAUGCAGACGAGAUGAGACUCACGCAGGAGAAGUUGAAGGUGGCCGAGGCCAGGUAUCAGGCAGAGAGACAACGGCUUGAAGCUCAAGCCCGGAACAGCAGUCGUGGUUCGGGGUGCUCUAUACUGUAGGGCAAUGGUGUUAUAUACUGUAAGGCAGUGGUUUUUCUAUAAUGUUGGGCAGUGGUGACCAAUCUUGUUUUCAAGGGUCACUAAAAAUGUGUAUUAUUUGACCAUUAAAUUUGACGUUUACUUCAUUCCCUAAUACAGAUGCUACUCUUUCUUGACGUAGGUAAACGUAUGCCACCAAUCCCUGACUCAGAUGCUACUCUUUCUUGACGUAGGUAAACGUAUGCCACCAAUCCCCGACUCAGAUGCUACUCUUUCUUGACGUAGGUAAACGUAUGCCACCAAUCCCUGACUCAGAUGCUAC